GAUGGAUCAUAAUAGGGAUAUCAAAUAUUCAACAUUGAAGGUGUCUGAUUCAGUUCAAUUUGGAGGAAUUAUGACAAAGGAAGAGUGUUAAGCAUUGGCAAAGAAAAUUAUGUCAAUAUAUGAUGGGGAUGGAAACGGUACAUUAGAUUCUUUUGAAGUGGGCUAUAUUCAAUCAGAUUGUUAUAGAGCCAUGAACAAAGGAUUUAAUCCAACUCCAACAGAUAUUGCUGCUUUUUCAAGAAUAAUAGAUAGUAAUAAUAAUACUAAAUAAAUUUUUAGGACGAUAAUGUGGCAUGGUCACAGAUAAAGAUAUAGAAGCCUUGUGUAUAAAAUACUUUGGAGGUAAUUUCGAUAGAAGUGAAAGAAGUGAAAGAGUAGUACCAGAACAAACAAUAAGUUAACAAAGAACUUAUGAAACAAGCUCUUUCAAUAGAUAAGUAUCAAGCAAUCAGAAUAGCAAAGUCAUAACAGUUCAAAAACAAACUAUUGUCACAAAUUAGGUUUAAUAAAUUCCUAGUUCACCUCCUGUCAAGAAUACUUACAGUUAAGUAGUGUAAGAGAGAUUGGAAGUAGCAAGAAGAAUUUUUAGAAUGUUGGAUACAGAAAAAAAUGGAUUUAUUACAGAUAAGCAUGUAAAUUAAAAUGGAAGUAAUUUAGGUUCCAUCAUUACUUCAGGAAACAUAUAAAUUGAUGGGAAUGUCAAUUGAACCAACUUAAGAAGAUGUAGAAUUAUGGAUGGAAAUGGCAGAUGAAGAUAGAGAUGGCAAAGUAUAUUUAAAGGAUUAUGAGGCAUUAGUAAUCAGAAGUCUAAAAUAAUAAGGAAUUGUUUUAGAAUGAUU